AACACCUGAAGUUCAUCACCAGCACAAAUCCAAUUUAGUUACGUUCUUUUCUGGAUUUCACCGUGUUUGUUAGGUUGGCGUCGAUGCGAACAGCACUUUUCACAUUAAAACAAUGUAGUUGGUUUUGUAUAUUUGCUGCAGAGUAAAUAUUAUUCACCUAUCAACUAUAUAUGCAUGUUAAGUGUACGUUGGUGACCAUUUUCUCAGGCAAAGAGAGAUUAAACGCCCCUUUGAUACAACUCGAAAUAUUUUACGUGAAAACAGUGCUCUUUCUCUUGUCCUCACGCCAUUUUAUAUCUGAACAGUGUUCAUGCUGAGAACCUGAAAUGACAACCUGUUUUGUUCUGAAUGACUCUGUAACUUCAAUCAGUCUUUCUGAACUCUCCAGCUCAACUUCUGUGUCUGACAGAACCUGUGUUCACUGGGGUUGUGUACUCAGUGAUUCUCAGACCACAGCUGUCUUUAAAGCAGACAAUGAUCUUCUGGAGAACCAGUUUUUCAUCAAAACGAUAUGUCUUAGUGAGGAGGCAGGAGAUGAGAUGCAUGUUGUGGCUGUUUGUGAUGGGGUUGGAGAUUCCAAACCAUUGCCUAUUGCUACCCUUCGCCACUGUAUGCCAAUGAUCAGUUUUCCUGGUUUGGAGCUUAUCCCCCCUGUCACCUUUAACCUGUACUCUGGAAAAGGACCUGUGUUCAUUUCUGCUCAGCAUAUUACAUUGAAUCCUAUUGAAAUGACAGAGGUGGAGGAGGACGAUGACGACGACGACGACGAUGAUGAUGAUGAAGAAAGUUAAAUGGCAGUGAUGUGUGCCUCUGGAGUUGUUUUUUUGACAGUUUGAACCUUGAUGGGUCCGUUGAGGAAAGCAAUAAUUGUGAAGUUUGUUGAUGUUUGUUUCUGAAGCUUCUCGAUGUUUCCCAACAAUCAAAUCUUGUAUUAACUUGAAAUGUUUUAAUAGUAAUGCCAAACUACAAGCCUGGGCCACUUGUAAAUAAAUAAA